AUGGAACAACAAGAUACAAUGGAAGCACGACUCGAGGAGCUCGAAACAGAACGACUGACUCUGCUGGCACCGACAGGAACAACGUUUGGGCCAGUCAGGACCGAGACAAGAGCCCUGGUGCCAACGACGAGAGCAGCAGAAACGUACAGAUCCCCGUCCAUGCAAAUGACGCACGUGAGACAUGUGGAGGUUGACGACCUCCACGACAUCUUUGGGACUGAGUCUAGAGUACGCAGCGCGAGCGUCGGGACGGAAAAAAGAGCGCUGCGACUAGUGCAGCAGCAGCAGCACUUCCGAAAAUUGCGGGUGCGCGUGAAGGCCUGCGAGUCGCCGCAGAAGCCCAAGGCAUGCAGCUGCGAGCAGUGGCAGAAGCACAUAAGACACAGCAAGCAAAGCAGCGAGCUGAUAUUCAAGCUGUGCACGGACAACUACCCCAGCUGGAAGCUCAAUAGCGCGAAGUCGCGCAAUUUCAACCACGUCUGCAAUCGGAGUGAGAAGCGCUUGCGCUACAACACAACCAUCAGACCCGCGCAGCUCAAGAAAGAGAAAAGAUUCUCUUUUGGCACAAGGAAGAUAUCUUUAACAGAGAAGAACCGGCAACGCGAGCGAGAGAUCGAGCUUGCCGAGCAAGUGAGAGCGGCAGGAGAAGCGCAUCGCGCACGUGAAAUGGCGCAAGCGGAUCAAGCGCGGCGCAUGAAAGAGAAGCAGCAGACGCGCGAGGCGAGGCUUGGAGAAGAAGCCAGACGUGUCGGCCUGGACCAAGCAUAUGCGGGUCGCGUGCCAUUAAGCGCAGCACAACGCUGCAGACGUCGAGCGUCGCGUGGGUGA